UCGACUAUACACUGAGGUAGCAAUAUGGCUGUGAACUCUGUAGAUGGACGUGGGGUCCAGGUGGAUGUACGAGAACUCUUCAGUUUAUUGGAAUCCAAUCAACUAAAAACUGUGGAUGAAAUCACAGAGGAGAUUCAGCAGCACCUGAGUUCUGUGAAGGAGGCAUGGUUGAUGAACAGUUUAGUGGACUACUACUAUAUAGCUCAGACUGACCGGGUCAUUGAUAUACUCACCUCUGUCCGAGAACCUCAUGACAAGCAUCUUGUAGAAAAAUUAACAGAUGGGCUCAAAAGUGAAAAGCAUCAACUUCUGGCUAUGAAACUGCUCCUCCAUGUUGUGUGUAAACAACCCAUGUGGGUCCACAAGUUGAUUAAGCCACCCAUUUUUCCAGCACUCAUCAAAUGCCUGAAGACAGAUACCGACAUUCCCCUGCUGAUGACCGGUGUGAUGGUCAUCACUAUCUUACUUCCUGCUAUUCCUUCACUUGUCGGAAAACAUCUUCCAGAUAUAUUUGACAUUUUUGGUCAUCUUAUCAAUUUCAAUGUCAAAAAGCCAAGUUCUCCCAAGGAGGGUAAUGUACCUGACAUAUUCCUAUUACACUUACAAGUAGCCCUCUAUGGACUUUUCCAUCGCUUGUAUGGCAUGUUUCCAUACACUUUUCUGACAUUCCUCAGACACCAAUACAGCAAAAAGGAAAACGCCACCGUGUACGAAGAGGCCAUCAAACCAAUGCUUGAGAGAGUGCGUCUUCAUCCCCAUCUCAUCAAUGGCACAAGAGAAAAAGAAAUGGAUGCAAAGCGAUGGAAAUCUUUGGAGGAUCAUGAUGUGAUUGUCCAGUGUGCCAAAAUGUCCCUGGAUCAGAUUGAGGGUACUUGGGAGGAGAUGUCCUGUCCUGUUGCCUCCUCCCCAUACAAGGCAGCACUGACUGCUGAGGACAGAAGCAGGAGGAAAUCUUCUGUGGAUGGGAGAAAGCCAAGAAGUUCAGUGUCUUCCCCUCCACAGCUGAGCCCCAAUGUGACCUCACAGGAUUUAGCCUCCAUUUGGAGCCCCUCUUUGUCUGUGGGUCUUUCUACCCCUCCACCCUCACAGCGGACCACCCCGGCCACCAGUGUGUUAGAAAGCAGCUUGACAAGUCUGUACCAAGCACAACAAGGAACCAGUGCCAACACCUCUACAACUGCUACUCCAAGAGCAACACCCCCAAUUUCAGCAGAGGAAGAGAAGAGCAAAGGAAGGUUGAAAGCUCAUAGAGAAAUGAAGAAGCUCAGUCUAUCAAGCAAAUCUCUCCCUGGGUCAGUGGAGGGUAAAACUAGUUCCUCCAGUGUUCCUCCCUCCCCUCUCAGGGCGGAGUUUACCACAGAACCACCCAGAGGAAUCUUCAAGUCCCUCCCUGUUAAACAGGCAGCCAGGGAACUUCAGUUUGAUGUGGGAUCAGCCAGAAGGAAUAUGAAUACACCAGAACAGGUAUCAGAGAACAUCCAAGACAGUCCAUUACCUGGGGAGGGAUUAUUGAAGGACAUCGAGGCAGAUAGGUCAGACCUCAUGGAGUCCUAUUCCAGAGAUGCCAUUAUGAAAACACAGGCUAUUGAAGAGGACACUGAUGACCAGGAGGUGUCUGAUCUCACUAAGAACCCGGUUCCUCCCAUGUUCCAGACGGCAGAGUCUGUGGCUAAAUUCAUGCGGAGUGUCAACAGGAUCCGAUUCAAUAGCAUGACAAACGAGGUCGAAUCAAUCCUAGCCCAGGAAAAGCACAGCAGCAAGAAAAGUUUUUCUAGAUCAUGUCCAAAUCUUCACAAGAUGCCAGUCACAGAGGAAGAAGCAGAUGACCAUCUGUCAAGGUCAGUCUCCACGACCUUCAGGCAGUCUUCAGAGUCUGAUCAGUCAAAGGUCAGUGAGGUGAAGGACAUAAGGGCAAGAAGAACAUCUACACCCAGUGCAGUCCCUGAUACAUCUAAAUCCACCAACGUGACUAUAAACCUGUCAUCCCAUGUAGUCAACAACAUUACGUAUCAAAGGAAGGACUCUCUAGGAAAGGAAAAGGACAGUGAUUUGAUGAGUGUGUUGAAGUCUGUCCUGGUCCCUGCCAAGGUCGCGGUGUGUCAGAGGUGCAGUGUCCAGUGUCUCACCACAGGUUCUCCCAGUAAAUCAGACGAAGACCUGCCUACCCCAAUAUUUGAAACCUACUCACCCCCAGAGCUACUGGACCGACACCUGCAGUUGGGUGGAAAUAUCCAUGCCAAACAGCUAAGUAGGAUUCCCCUCACAAACCAGGACUCAAUCAACUGGACACAUUUUGGAGGUAUGCCUCCUGCAGAUGAAGUGAACAUUCUGCGUGGACAAAUCAUUAUGAUGAAGAAUCAAAUUUUAUAUGAAAGAAAUAAAAGAGAACUCCAUGCAAAAAGGAAUCGGCGUCUCCUUCGUAAAAUCACAACAGCUAAUGCACUGGAGGAGCAAACAAAAGCACAGAAGGAGCAAAUCAAGAUUCUUGAGACAGAGAUCCAGAAUUUAAGGUUGUCUAUGAAAAUCCUGCAGGAAGAAAAUCGCAGGCUGAAACAGACCAAUGAAAGUAAUGAGUAUGAAACUCAGGUUAAACUUAGGGCUUGCUUGAAUGAGUUGGAUGAGCUUAGACUAGCCAAAACAGAGAUGAACACAUUGUUGAUAAAACAGAGGGAGGACCAGGAUGCGCUUAAAGCUAAACUGCAAAGCACAGAAGCUCAGCUAUUUCAAGAGCAGAGAGUUAAUCAACAUCUGAAGGAACAAGUCCAGAUGACACAGAGGUUGAAGGAACAGGUGCUGCAGUUGCACAAGGAACUGUUAUUGAUGGGAGAACUUCAGGGCAAAUAUGAGACCAAACUCAGUGUCAUCCGGAACAGUCACCAUGCCAAGCCGGAACAAGAGACUAUGAUCGGCACACUGAGGGCAGAAAAUACAGCUCUUAGGGAGAAAAUGAAAUCAAACACCCUGAAUCUGGAAGGCUUUGGGAAGAGAGUCCAGGAGUUGGAGGGAAAUGUUCAAAAUAAGCAAAUGACUAUUGAAGAAUUACAAAGACAAUUACAUUAUGCCAAAAUUUGUCAACAGGAUGAAAUCAAGGCUGUGGAGGAUAAAUACAGCAGUAUUUGUAGCAUUAACCAAAGACUGGAGGGGCAUAUCAUGUCACUGUAUGCACAGAUAGACCAACUGCAGCAACCAAAACAGGCCAAAAUUGCCAUACCACAACCCCCAAAUGUAUCAGAUGAUAGUGCACCUAGAGAGAGAACAGGAUCAGUACCCACCAAGCCCCCUAGUGUCAAACCUCCCUUAACAAAGAUGAGCAGUGUCCCCUUAGGAUGUGGACUGGCAGGUCCCCCACCUACAGGUGUCAGGACUGGUCAGGAGGCAUCAAAGUCACCCCAUUCAGACACAGGAAAAUAUAGGUCAGAUGUAACACGAGCACAGCUGAGUGGACGGACUGAACGGUCAGAGGAUACUGCUUCUGUUUCCUCCACUGAAUCGAUGAGUUCCUCUGGAGUAAGGCGGGGGAAUAUACUUCAUAGUGACGGGGAGGAAAAGUCACAGUCUUCUAAAGACAGUGGUUACAAUAAAUGAGUGCCAUGUGUUGUAGAUUUUAUGAUUUUCUUUAAAUGAAAUUAGUGUACUGUGUAAGAUUUUGUAAUGUUAAACAUGCUGUCUUUUAUCAAAAAUUAUUUUAAAAUUGUUGAAUAGUACUGAAAACAGAUGUUUAUUAGCUUGCAAGAAAUCAUGAGCUUUGCAUCCUACUUUCAAUCAGAAUUAUUUCCUGCAGCAAAUCUUCUACUUGUGAAUAAAUGUCAAAUGAUGCAUCAAUCCCAGAAAAUUACUGUAAAUUAUAUAUUUAGCGAUAUUUAUUGGAAAUUAAUUUUACAAGAUGGCGUAGAUUUGAUUUAGCGCUUUCUGAACAUGCUUAUGAUAAUAUAACAUGGAAGACAUUCAGUGACAUACAUGUACAUGUAUUUGAUUUAGCAGAAACUGCCUUCUGCUAAAGGUGCUAAAUAAAAUACACCACCAAAUGUAAUGUUUACGGUUAAGUAGUUGCAGAUGGAAUUCAAAUUGAUGAAUCAUGAACAAAAGUGUUGGUUUACAAUAUAUUAAGAUACCUGUUAAAUCUGAAUUUUUAAUUUGUGAUAUAGAGCACUUGUAAAUGAAAUGAGAUUUUGUGUAAUUGUACUUGCUAUAUGUUUUAUGUUGUGUAAGUAUGAAUGCCCGUGUGCUUCAUUACAAGUAUUGCCCAUCAUUGUGUGUGUGCUGUGAACAGUUUAUGAUGAUUUGGGGGUUCUGUCCCCAGUUUAUUAUAUAUCCAGUGAGAUGCUGUACUUGGGUACAUCACACAAUUUUACAUAAUGUAAAGAUAGUGAUUUAAAUUUUUGGUUUUUUACUUUUACAGAGUCACUAGUUUAAGAGUCCAUAGUCAAUUAAAUGUUAUUGAUAGUUUUUAGAAAUGUGAACAUUUAUACAGACCAGGGGAUUGACCCUCCAUCUCAUAUUAAUUCAGAGAUGUGACCAGGAAGAGAAGUGUAUAGAUUUUUGAAAUAUAUAAAGUCAAUGACAUUGA